CUGCUACUCCAAAUUUUACUCACAGAUGCCAGAGCACAAAGUGUCCAAUCACAAGCCAUCAUCACUGAGGCCAAACUUUCCCAAAACCCAUUAACUUUUCUGUAGAAUUAUGUAGUGCAAUGCAAUUGGGCCAAUCCCAUUUUUUCUGUUAAUUUCAUGGGUCGUUUUCGUCUCCCCUAUAUUUUUCUCAAGGGAACAUGACGCAUGUGGUUGUCAGAGUCAAUGAGAGGUGUUAAUGGAGCAGUAGAAAACUAGAAACCAGCUGACUUAUCAUUUUCCAUUUCUUUUUUUCCCCCCCAAAAAAAUCCAUUCUUGAAUCUAGGAAUAUUAUAGGGAUUUGCGAUGAUGAGAUUUUGUCAUUUUAUAUUGCUUUUUUCUUCUGUUUUCUGUUAACUGAUUGAGUUGAGCCAAUCAGUAUAACUAUGAAGCCCACCCACAAGUUUCAUUGGCUAAGUACAUUCUUCUGUAAAUAGAUUCCAAUUUUUUUGGAACAGUAAAUCCAAUUUUGUGUCUGUAAUUCUGGGUUCUUGUUCUGCUUGAAUUCCUUGCAUUGAGGGGUAAAUUGAUUGAUAUGGGGGGUUCAAUAAUCUGUGCAAUUUGCUUCUUGUUGUUGAAUUAUUUUGUGGGAAUUUGCUACUCUUUGUAUAGUGUAGAUCAAGAAAAUGAUAGGAUCACAUAUUUGCCUGGGCAGCCACAAAAUGUUGGAUUCAACCAGUAUUCUGGUUAUGUGACUGUGAAUGAGCAAAAUGGGAGGGCACUUUUUUACUGGUUGACAGAGGCGCCUAACGAUAGAGACCCUGAUUCAAGGCCACUGGUUUUGUGGCUCAAUGGGGGUCCCGGUUGCUCUUCUGUAGCUUAUGGAGCUGCUGAAGAGAUCGGCCCCUUUCGGAUUAACUCCGAUGGCAGAACCCUCUUCCUCAACCCUUAUGCUUGGAACAAAUUGGCAAAUUUGCUCUUUCUGGAGUCACCUGCUGGUGUUGGAUUUUCGUAUUCGAAUACUUCAUCUGAUUUGUAUACUGUUGGUGACCGAAGAACUGCUGAAGACGCUUACGCCUUUUUGAUCAACUGGUUGGAGAGGUUUCCCCAAUACAAACAUAGAGAGUUUUAUAUUGCAGGAGAGAGUUAUGCAGGGCAUUAUGUUCCUCAGCUAUCUCAACUUGUACACGAAAGAAACAAGGGAGUUCAGAACCCAGUUCUCAAUUUCAAGGGAUUCUUGGUGGGAAAUGCUGUCACUGAUGAUUACCACGAUUAUAUUGGCACGUUUGAGUACUGGUGGACUCACGGCUUGAUUUCAGAUUCAACUUACAGAACUCUGAAUAAAACCUGUGACAUGGGAUCUGCUACUCAUCCUUCAAGAGACUGCGUUAGGUCUCUCAUUCUAGCCGACAAGGAGAUGGGGAGCAUUGACCCCUAUAGCAUUUACACUCCACCUUGCAAUAACACUUCUGCACUCAGGCGCCGUUUAAAGGGUCACUAUCCAUGGAUGUCUAGAGCAUAUGAUCCUUGCACCGAAAGGUACUCCCAGAUCUACUUCAAUCUCGUUGAUGUUCAGAAAGCAAUGCACGCCAACGUGACAAGGCUUUCGUAUCCAUGGCAGACGUGCAGCGAUGUAGUCGGUAAUUAUUGGGCCGAUUCCCCUCUGUCCAUGCUUCCAAUCUAUCAAGAGCUAAUAUCAGCUGGCCUCAGGAUCUGGGUAUUCAGUGGGGACACUGAUUCCGUCGUUCCACUCACUGCAACACGCUACUCAAUCGAUGCUUUGAACCUCCCGACGCUGUCAAAGUGGUUUCCUUGGUAUGAUAACAAAAUGGUAAGUAGUAAGCCAAGCAACAACGUUCAAACAUCAUCUGUGGAUUUUCAUCACUUUUUGAUAUCCUUUGUGAACGUAGGUUGGUGGAUGGAGCCAGAUAUACAAAGGACUGAGUCUCGUGACAGUCAGGGGAGCAGGGCACGAGGUGCCCUUGCAUCGCCCGCGACAAGCCUUCAUCCUCUUCAGAUCGUUUCUUGAGAACAAGGCAAUGCCUAGCUAAAAAUCAGUAGGUGAUUGGUAUAAUAAGGAAUGGAAUAAGGUAUGUUUGGUUGUUGGGAGGAUUAAGGUUUAGGUAGAAGACAGACAGAGUAGAGUUCAUUAUUCAUUCUUGGUGGUGUUAGGAUCAAAUUUCACACGGUGUUAUGUAGCUUAGCUCCAUUCUUUGAAAGAUCGUGUAUAGUUUGAUUCAUGUAAAAGCUUGCUUUUUGUAGUAGUGAAUUGAAGUUGCAUUCUCAGCAACAUCUCACAAUUUGUACUCCAAGUGAAGAGCUAAUCUGAUUAGGAUGAUUCAUAUCAUAAUGUUUGUUUUAAUGGAGUGAUUGGGAGUAAAGUUUAAUUUA